ACUCAAGGUCAGAGUCAGCAAAUCCUCCUCUAAAAAUAGACACUAGUUGCAAAGUUGGUUAAGAUUCCUUUUGUCGUUCUGCCACACUUCACGGGAACCAGCUACCUAGAGUAUCCACCUAAGCUUACAGUUUCUUCCAUCCUGAGCACACGACUCCAUGGACAAGAUGUCAUCAGCAGGUUUGAACACUGGGAAGAAAAAUGCAUACACAGCAAUCAAAGUAGAUCCUGAUGAGGAUUAUUGUACCCCAGGUGCAUUUGAACUGGAGCGACUUUUCUGGAAAGGAUGCCCAAAGUACACUCAUGUCAAUGAAGUUUGGCCCAACCUCUACAUAGGAGAUGAGAAAACCGCAUUAGAUCGCUACAGCCUUGAGAAGGCAGGCUUCACCCACAUCCUCAACGCUGCCCAUGGUCAGCGGAACGUGGAUACAGGACCAGAAUAUUAUCACGACAUGAGUGUUGAGUACCAUGGAGUGGAAGCAGAUGAUCUCCCCACCUUCGAGCUCAGCCAGUUCUUUUAUUCAGCUUCUAAAUUCAUUGAUAAUGCGCUUCAGGACAAAAGAAACAAAGUUCUGGUUCACUGUGCCAUGGGUCGCAGCCGGUCAGCCACGCUGGUCUUGGCUUACCUGAUGAUUUACAAGAACAUGACAGUAGUGGAUGCCAUUGAGCAAGUAUCAAGACACCGAUGCAUCUUGCCAAACCGGGGCUUCCUGAAGCAGCUGAGAGAACUGGACAUAGCACUGGCACUGCAGAGGAGGAACACCAAAAACAGCCUACCAUCUGAUGAUGACAAGAACAGCAGCAUGAUCUAGUGUUGUUCCUGGCAGGGUUGUGCUACUGGAAAAAAACAACUCCAAAAAAGGAUGGGAGGGGAAGGUGUAGUUAACUACACAGUCACAAGAAUCAUUUGUUAU